AUGAUCACGAAGAACAAUGUCAUUCGUGAGCUGCGUCUGCUGCAGCGGCGCCAUUGGUCGACGUGGCUGACGGUGUGGCCGUUUGUGGUGCUCUACGCGGUGUCCAUUGCGCUCUACAUGGACCCUGAACUGGUGUGGGAUCGCAUGACUUACCUCGUGCACUCAACUUACAUUGACUUCUUCCACGCUAUUUGCACCCCUGUGGUGCUUUUUCUGCAUGGCUUCCUGUCCCUCUUUACUAUCUGGUCGGUGCGCUUUCGCGCAGUCAUUCUCUUCAGGAGUGUGUCUCGGAAACACAUUUCGUCGGCCACGCACGUGCUUGUUUGCACGCGGGAGCACAAGGGGGAGUCGGAGAUUGUACCACUGAUUCAGUUCACCGAUGACUGCCCGACCCACUUUGUGUUUCAGGAGCGGAAAUGGAAGCUUGACGCCACGACGGGACUGUUUGUCAAACCAAACUUUCCGGUAAAGGAUCUUAUACCACGCUACCUGGAUUGGCAAGGGCUGACCGGCCCCGCCAUGUGUGCAAAGCAACUUGACAGUUUUGGUGCCAACAAUAUGGAGGUGGUGAUUCCGGAUUUUCAGACUCUCCUUGUCGAUCAUGCCUUGGCUCCGUUCUUUGUAUUUCAAAUGUUUUGUGUGCUGCUGUGGUGCCUGGAUGAGUACUGGUACUACUCCCUCUUUACCGGGGUGAUGAUGGUGGGCAUGGAGUGCACCGUCGUGAUGCAGCGCAUCCGAAACAUGAAAACGCUACGCGACAUGGCGGAGGUGCCUGUACGCGAAGUAACGGUGCUGAGGCAGGGGAAGGAGGAAGUUGUCAAGACAAACGAGCUGUUGCCGAUGGAUCUCAUGGUGGUGGAGAGCAAUGCUCCUUGCCCAGUGGAUUCCAUAAUUGUGCGCGGCACAUGCAUCGUGAACGAGGCAACCUUGACGGGUGAGUCAACGCCACAGCUCAAGGAGGCGCCAGAUCGGAUUGAAAUUCAUCUAGAUAUGAAGAAGCACAGCCGCCACCUCCUUUUUUCGGGCACAGAGUUGCUUCUAAGCAAUGGUCCACAUGGUAAGAGCGAGACGGAGCGUGGCAGGGCCCUUGCUGUUGUGCUUAAGACUGGUUUUGAAACAAAGCAGGGAAAAUUGCUGCGCACCAUCCUUCACAGCCAGGGCCGCGUGAGCGAGAACAGUGGAGAAUCCUUUGCUUUUAUUGGAGUUCUUGUGGUGUUUGCCCUUGCGGCUGCUGGCUACCUGCUUAAGCGCGGACUGGAGGAUCCAAAUCGCAGCCGGUGGAAGCUGUUUUUGUCCUGCGUUCAAAUUAUCACGGCGGUUGUUCCCCCAGAGUUGCCGAUGGAGUUGUCCCUCGCCGUUAACACGUCGCUGCUCUCGCUUGUCAAGCUGCAAGUGUUCUGCACCGAGCCCUUCCGUAUUCCGUUUGCGGGCAAAGUGGACACCUGCUGCUUUGAUAAGACGGGCACCCUCACCACCGACGAGAUGCUCUUCGGCGGCGUGGACAUGGCAGACGGGAGGGGGUUGCUGAACCAACUCAAGAAGGUGCCAAAAAUGGCCGAGUUGGUGCUGGUGACCUGCCACUCGCUGCUGCAGCUGGAGGACACCGACACGGUGGCCGGAGACGCCAUGGAGAAGGCCGCCCUCGGGGCGCUUGGCUACAGGGUAAACCUGGACGACACCGUCGUGUACGACCCACCAGCGCCGAAGGACGGUGACGCGGCGGGGGCCGAGGCGAAGAAUGGCGGCGCCGGCGGCAAACCCACUAGGGCCAGGAAGCAGGACGGCGACGCCAACAAGCGGUACAAGAUACUCUCCCGCUUUCCGUUUUCGGCGAAUCUGCGUCGCAUGUCUUGCGUCGUCAGCAGCCCGGAGGGGAAGUAUGUGGUGGCGAAGGGCUCGCCGGAGGCGAUUGCCCACUUGUGCAAGAGCGUCCCACCCGAGUACCACCAGGUGGCGGACGCCCAUGCGUCGCGCGGCUACCGCGUCAUCGCGCUCGCCGCUCGUCCUCUGCACGAGGAGGAGCGAUCGAAGACCGCCAUUCACAAACUGCAACGCGAAGACUGUGAAAAGGAGCUUGUGUUUGCCGGUUUUGCCGUGUACGAGUGCCCGUUGAAGAAGGAUGCGAAGGACACGAUUUUAAUGUUGCAAAACGGAAGCCACCGUUGCGUUAUUAUCACGGGUGACAGUGUGCGCACGGCCAUCUCAGUUGGACAAGAUGUGGGAAUUUUGCGGUCCCGCCGACAGCUCGUUGCACGCGGGGCGGAGUGCGGUGGCGGGUCCGUAGAAUGGUGCGAUGCCUCGACAGGGGAGUUGAUCACACUUGACCAGAGCGCCAUUCUCGGCAAAACGUUUGUGCACACGCGCAAGCACUCGACUCCCACGGAGGACGAGUGGGAUCUGUGCGUGAAUGCGGAAAAUAUCUCACCUCGUUGCUUGACGACACUCAUUGCGGCAUGCAACGAGCACAUCGCCGUCUGGGCGCGCUGUGCCCCGUCGCAGAAGGAAGACAUCGUGACGGACCUCAAAAAGAAGGGUCGCGUCGUUCUCAUGGCAGGGGAUGGCACGAACGACGUCGGGGCGCUGAAGCAGGCUCAAGCCGGCGUUGCCGUGCUGAACGCCGCUGCCGUGGCAGCGCCGAAGGUCGACGGCAAGAGCGUUGACAACUCACCCCAGUCGCACAAUGAGCCGGACGUGGCGCCGGAGCUGAAGCUGCCACCGGGAUUUAAAUUUACGGUGUUGCCCCCGAAACCGAGCGAAAGUGCCCCGCUUAUGGUACAGUUGCGGUGGAAGAUGACAGAGGCUCGUCGCAAGGCGGAGAUCAUGCAAAUUGAGAAGUGGAAUAAGCGGAUAGAGGAAAUGAAGCAGAAAAAAAUUGCCGAUAAGGCCGCCAUGCCGCCCCCACCAGGCGGCGCUUCCUCGGACUUUCUCCUGCAGUCGCUCUUUAACGAGGAUGAACUAGACUUGGGCGGACCUCCACAAAUUAAGCUUGGUGACGCCUCCAUAGCGGCUCCAUUCACCUGUCGCUCGAAGGCGCUCAUGUCGGUUUGUGACAUUGUGCGUCUUGGUCGAAGUACACUCGUAACGACGUUGCAAAUGUACAAGAUUCUCGCCCUGAACUGCCUAACUUCGGCUUAUUCCAUGUCCGUUUUACAUACGGAUGGCGUCAAGCUGGGUGAAAAGCAGAUGAUCCUAUCCGGUGUCAUCUUGUCCGUCUGCUUCCUGUGCAUGUCACGCAGUCAGCCAAUGCACACGUUGUGCCCACAACGGCCGAUUACCCGCGUAUUUCAUCCGUACAUGAUCUGCACUAUUUUUAUGCAGUUUGGCUUGCAUCUGUAUAGCAUGAUGCAAACCGUGAAACUUGUGGAGGAGGUGGAUAGCACGGAGGUGGCAAAUAUGAGGCAGAGCGGCUAUGAGGGGGAGUUUAAGCCAACCCUGUUGAAUUCGGCGAUGUUUUUACUAACCACGCUCAUUGGUGGUGUAACAUUUGCGGUCAACUACCGCGGAGAGCCGUUUAUGCAGAACAUGCGAAGGAACAAACCCCUCUUCUACGCACUGAUCUUUCUAUCUUUGGUCGUUAUUUACUUUGCGUCCGAGGCGGAUCCCGAGGGCAACACCAUGUUUGAGAUUGUCUCCUUUCCGUCGAAGGAGUUCCGCGACAGGUUCAUAAAACUGCUCCUGACAGACGCUGGCGGCUGCUUCCUCAUUGAGUACGCCUGCCUCUUCUUCCUGACGGACUACCUGUGA